AUGGUGAAGACAAAGACAACUCCGCGACAGGCAGGCAAUCGCUGUCCGAUGUGUGCUGGGAGAUUUGAUGAUGAAGCUGAAUGGGCAAAACAUCUAGUUGACUGUGGGAACCGGCAGAGGGCAAUGAAAAAAUAUGAGUGCUCUGGUUGCGAUUACGCAAGCAUAAAGAAAUGUGACUUCGACCGGCACAUUAAACGUACUGGACAUGGGGAAGCGCAGACCAUCUCGGAGAGCGAAGAUGAGUGGGAGAUGCAAGACCCUGGCAGUCUUCUGAGUCCACUGUCGACGGACCAGGAAGAGAUUGGUGAUAGUAUUGCUCCACAAGACGCCAGAGACAUUACUAAUGUAGAUGAUGAUAUUAACCGUCCCGACCACUUUCCUGCUAAAUCACCAUUGGCUGAAAAAGUGGCAAAGCUGCAGAGUUUGGAGAAAGCUCCUGUUGAGAAGCAAGUGGCACAGGACUUUACGAUCAGAAAGCGCACUUCUCCAUUGCCGGUAUCGUCGUCUAAACCCAAGGCAGCCAGGCCUUGUACUUCCCUUGUUAACAGCAAUAAGAGCACAAUUGACAACUUCACCAUGACAGGUGCGCAUGAAUUCCUCUACGCAAGGCUCAGUUUUGACGCAAGCACGCAGACUGAAGCACCUGUGAAGACCUUUACUAAGAAACAGACGGUCACCUACGAUAAGGAUGGGAGAAAAAUCAUCAAGGAAGUCAUUACCGAACAGUGGGUAGAAUAG